GACGAAUGUGGAUUCCAGCAUCGUAGAAGAGUGAAAAUGUCUGCGUUCAGCUUCAACUACAAAAGCAUUGCCCGUGCAUCGUGUUUGUUGUGGCUCCUGGGCUGCACCCUGUUGUCCUAUGGUGGAGCAUAUGUGAUUGUGAAUUCUGUCUCCUGGUCAGUCACCAAUGAAGUGGAAGAGGAACUGGACGGCUCCUCCACAGAAGAUGCUCUCCCCUCUCUGCUGGAGGAUACAAUCAGCAUGUGGAAGCAGAGCUACCCAGCAUCUGCCUACAAAGAAGAGAGGGAGAAGAUGAAGUCCAGGCCAGGGCCUGACAUCACUCAGCAAAUCUCCUCACCUUCCAGGAUGUUCUCCUAUAAAAGGGAGAGCAGUACAGGCACUGAGAACCCUCCUUCUACAGAUCCCUUCCAGACCAAGCUGGCCACCUAUGCCCGAACACUGGUCCACAAGAGCAAGUGGGGGGUCCUAGCUACCAUUUCAUCCCAGGAGAUGAUUCAAGGACUGGCGUUUGGGCAGGUUCUGCUAACAAGUGAUGGACCUAUGCAUAACAGCACUGGUGUUCCAUUGUUUUAUGUUACUCCUAAGGCAAGCUUCAUCUCUGAUUUGAUGAAGAAUCCAGUUAUUUCUUUCACAUUUGCAGAUCCAGAUGGUGACAUGUUCAGAAAGGUGCUUACACAGCCACAAGAGCCACAGUGUGCUGCACUAACCCUAAUAGGCCAGAUGGUAACUGUACCACCAGAUGGAGUUGACUUUGCCAAGAAAGCUCUCUUUGCCAGGCAUCCUGAUAUGCAGAAGUGUUCUCAGGAUUACAACUGCCUAUUAAUGAAGCUGAUGGCAGAACAUAUCUAUGUCACAGACUGCUAUGGAGGAGCGCACAACAUUUCGAUGGAAGAUUACUACAAAGUAAACCCAAACUGAUCUAGAUUAGAUUACUCUUAUACAGCACGGAGUAUAACCCUGUACACUGGAAAUUAUUUGGAAUAUCAUUGAUUAGAAGCAUAAUGCUGACUUCCUUUUGCUUACCAAGACUACUGUUGACAGGCUGUUACAUCCAAAGUACAAUAAGCUGUAGAUAGUGUUAUAUUUCAGGCAGUUUUACUACAAGUAUUUGGUUAUGGUGAUGUAUAUAUUUAAAAUUGUGAAUUUUGUUAAAUGAUGUAAAAAAAUACUGGUAUUUACAGGUUCUGUUAGAAGCCUUCAAGACUGCCAGGCAAGCCAAUGUAUUUUUUGUUAGCAGGUUUAAGAUAUCUAUGAAAGUAGAUAUGCUAUGGACAGAUUGUUUUAUCUGGUUCCAUUUUAUUUAAUGCUGGACACACACGAGGAGACGGCUUCAUCCUAUUUUCUAGUAUCAGAUUAAUGAGCUGGGUAAUAAAUCUUUGGAAUAUCAACCAA